AUCCCAGAGGCAGUAUCUCCAUGUUAACUUAAGGCAGCAUCAUGGAGGGGUCCGAUGUAUCCUUAAGUGCAGAGUUGGGAAUGGAAUCAAUUUAGCCCAUGUUCAGUGCAAUACUUAGGUGUCCACGAACCCCUUUCUGGUUCCUCGAGGAGAGUUCUAGUUAAGUUAACCUAGGCAAGCAGAACGCAGCCUAAACCUCCCUAUUAGAGAUUCCUUGAUUUCAUGUCAAAAUAUGAAAAAAAGCCUUUUCUUGGUGUCAAAGUUACAAAAUUGUUACUUUAUUCCUUGCUCUACCAUGUAAUAAAAUGGCACGAGUCUUAGCUACUUUAACUACAAGUUUAAUAUAUACCUGAAUCACAUUGCAAAUUUCAUCCUGUUAGGCCAUGGCUAUUGCUGUUAAUUUCUCUGAGCAAGCCCUGCGGCAUAGGACAUAUCUCAGGCUAAUAGCAGGCCUUGAUCCUUUGCCUUUUCAAAAGUCAUGUCAACUUGAGCAAAAGAGAAUGAAGAAGCAGCCGCAUGGCAUAGCCAUUAGCAGACAGGAAAAAAACAAAUUAACCAACAACCGUGGGGUCUCUUUGAUCAUGUCAUCAAACAAUAAUAGUGAUUCAAUUUUGGGUGCACCUUCAGCAGCUGAUACGAUCAAGCAUUUCUACUUGUGUAUCAAUGAGAAGAAUUUGGAAAAACUUGGGGGUUUAAUCUCAGAAGACUGCCACAUCGAGGACUGCUCUUUUAUCAACCCAUUUUAUGGGAAAAAGGAGGUUCUGCAUUUCUUCGAUCUGCUAAUAAGAAGCAUGGGUCAGAAUGUGAAAUUCAUCAUCGAACAUGUUUGUGAAGCAGAUGACUUUACAGCAGGAGUAAAUUGGCACUUGGAAUGGAACCAGAAGCAGGUUCCCUUCACAAGAGGAUGCAGCUUCUAUGAAUGCUCGGAAGAAGGGGAAAAAUUAGUUAUAAAGAAAGCUCUGAUUGUUAUUGAGUCACCUAUCAAACCAGGGGGAGUGGUGCUGGUCCUGUUGAAGAAUGUAACUACAAUAUUUGAUGAGUUCCCGCGUGCUGCUGAAUGGUUCCUGAAGAGUCCAUAUGUCAUACUACAAUUCCUACUGAAGAUUUACACCAUAUUUUUGGGACCUUUCAUAAGCCCACUAGUGGCAGGCUACGUUAGAAUUUGGGAAUUCAUGGCUCGAUUGCUUGCCUUGGCAAUCAAAAUCGUGAUCUACAUCUCAAAGAUAUUUUUCAGGUAGUUCACACUGACAAAAGGUUG